CUUUUACAUUUGUCACUUUAUAAUAUGCUGAAUGGGUCGGCCUUCACGUGCCAGUUGAUUCAAGUCAUGGAUGUGUAUGGUUUGAAUUGAACAGCUGAGUCGCGUGUCUGUGACGUCACGCACGUCUUGCCGAUACACAUUAGGAGCGAACUCACCUCUGCAAGCUGAGCGCGUUCUUCAUGCCGGCGUCUUGAUGUCUGCGGCGGCACGGCGAGGAGCUAAAAAAAAAAGAUGGAUUUUCAAAACGGGAGGUUCAAUGGCUCCUAAACGUCUGAGGUAGAAAGAUCCAUCAUGAGGAGGACGCUCAGGAAGGAGCGGCCCGACGAGAGCAACAAGGCCGCCCCGGUGAAAUGAACGCUCCACUCGCUUGGCGUCCAUCAGUCGCCGGCAUGUCGUUGCGGUUCUUGGACGAGGACUUCCAAGCAGCCUGGAAGGAGCUGGACGAGCCGCAGCUGCAAGGAGGAUGGGAGCUCUUCACCGGGACGAUGGGAGUGAACAUUUACAGGCUUCUUGACAAGGAAACGGGACUUUACGAGUACAAAGUCCUUGGCUCGCUCAGCAGCUGCGCUCCAGAGCUGUGUGCGGACGUCUACAUGGACCUGGCCUAUCGCAAGCACUGGGAUGGAUACGUCAAAGAGCUCUUUGAGGAGCAGUUUGACGGGCAGACGGCCAUCUACUGGGAAGUCAAGUACCCGUUCCCGCUGUCCAACAGAGACUACGUGUACAUCAGGGAGCGGCGAGUCCUGGACGUGGGCGGCAGGAGGAUCUGGGUCAUCCUGGCCAGAAGUUCUCCGGAGACGCCGUGCCCGGAGAAGAACGGCGUGCUGCGAGUGAAGGACUACAAGCAGACGGUCGCCAUGGAGACGGACGGCGCCGGCGGCACUAAAGUUUUCAUGAAUUACUUUGACAAUCCUGGCGGGAUGAUUCCCACCUGGCUGGUCAACUGGGCGGCCAAGAGCGGCGUUCCUGGCUUCCUCACCGACAUGCAGAAGGCCUGCAGCGACUAUCACAGCUACCGCUGCAAGAAGUGAGAAGUUAUUUCUCCAUCAAACACUGAGCUCUGGCGAAUGUGCGAGCAGCAUGAUGGCGGCACGCUGCAUCGCCAGCGUCCUAAUCCGAAUCAUCACGGGUCAGUCGUGUCUUCCAUCGGUCCUGGCCGAGCCGCUCUUGAAGGAUGGAAAACGCAGCCGACCCGUCUGUGUUGGUCUGAGUGGGAUUUAAAUGUCAACAAGACAAUUGUCUGUGUGCCAUUUUCAUUCCCAGAAAUGAACUUCUGUAAUCAUGGAAAAUCAUGGAAAACCACGGAAACUGCUGUUCUGAUUGGUCUAUGCUAAUUGUUGCGUGCACGCACUCAAAUUCAAAUGUGAGAGAAAAAACAUCAAAGUGUGUCUUUUAUUUUAUUGUAUCUUUUUUAAAAGUGUCAUGAUAAGAUGAACCCCAAACCCCAAAACUGAUUCUUCUGGUCUCCUGGCUUUAGCCCAGACGUGUCCACAACAUUAACAUUUGUAUUUUUGUACCAAGCAGAGUAGCUAACCUCUUAAGGACGACCUGAGUACAUGGCAAAGCAUAUUAGCAUUAUUAGUCUUUAGUAGGGGUGUCACAAGACCAGACAUAACAACAUUGGGCCUACCAGACCAGGUUUUAACAUGACUCUUUAGAAGUACCAUGCAAAAUUGACUGCAAUCUACUAAUUGACUUCCUAGUAUGCUACAUUCUUCUGUACUGUCUAUGCUAAUGUGUUUUAACAAGGUUUUGCCAACAGGAAUAUAAUGGUAUCGUCCACCUCAUGACGUCAACACUGACGCUAAAUUGAAAAGCCCACUUUAAAAAUGGCGUCUUUGUCAACCGUCAAUAACCAUAAUAAACAAUGCAAGAAGAUGGCGUCCUUCCUGAAGUGACGUCACCAGCCGGAAGUCGCUCGUCCAGCGGUUUGUGAGCCGGCCCCUUCCAGUCAGAGGAAUGUCGAAAACCCAGAGGAAGCAGGCGUGCUGAAUUGGCGGCGUCUCCGUGCUGGCCUUCUCGUGGAGCUGCAUCGCUGUGGACCAGCUGAGCCACGAAGACGCCACAGCGGUGGAAGACGGCAGGCCCGGCCCGGCCAAUGGUGUCCGCCCGUGAGCCGUGUGGAGUCAUCCCUAUCCAAAGCACCCACGCUGGCCGGGAAUCUCUUUCAUCCCCAAG